UGACAUUUUUAACAGCGGGCGAUAAAUGUCAAACGCAACGAAAUUCCUGAAAGAAUAUUUAUUUUUAAACAAUUCAGUUGCACGUUAUAAUAUAAUAUAUAAUAACUAUGAGCAGCCACGAAGACGAUGAUUUAGACGACGACUUGCCAUGCGUUUCUCUAAGCCAGUCGACGGGUGGAAAGAGUGAGUUGGAGAUGCCUCCAGCGUCGCAGGUGGCGUCGUUGCGAGCUCGUGAGGACGCGGCGGAGCGCGCGUUGCAAGAUUUACAUGAGAACAACGAUCCUCUGCUAGUCAGCCUUUCCAGAAGUACUAGCCAGAGCUCAACCAGUGAGGAGGGUGAGGCAGCAUUAUCAGCAGCUGUAUCGGCUCUGCAAGUAGCAGAAACUCCACCCGACACCCGAGGAAUGUGCGCGGAGCGUUUACAGCUGCUGACGUCUAUGAGGGAUCAUUUUCCGGAGGACAAGGAGUUUCUUGACAAUUAUAUAAAGAUGAUGAAGGAAAAACCGGAAGCCGUGGAUGGUGUUACUGAACAUAUCCUGCAAGGCAUCUCCUCAGCCCUAAUAUUCGGUCGCACCCCUAACAUCCCCGGAGCAGCCGCCUGGCUGCUCUGCAUCGCGCUGAGCACGGCGCGCGCGCUGCGAGCGCGCCGCGCGCUGCACGCCGUGCUGGACGGCGCUGGCGGCGCGCACGUGCGGGCGUUGGCGGCCGCUGCUAGUGCGGCUAUGGCAGAUGCAGACCAACUAUUGGCAGCUUACGACGCAGUACGAACCGGUACGAGGCGCGGAGCGGACCAACUUGCAUCUAUCCUGCUCGCUCACGCCAUGGCAAGGGUGUUGGGUCAAAAGGAAACAUCGUCCUCCGAUUCAGACCCACCUUCCCCUCUGUCCUCCGAAUCUAUUAAAUUGGUGCGCACCAACUGGCGAAAACUACCGACUAGUUCACAACUCACACUGUUGCGUUGUGUCGGGCGCGCGCUCGCUGCGGCGGGGGACACGGGGGACAAGGGGGACAAGGGGGAUGCCAAGGAAAAGGGGGACAUGAGGGACACUGCGAAUGAAGAUACGGAAAACAAAAUGGACACUGAAGAAGUGAGCGGCGUUAAAACAGAGGAUUCAGAAAACAAGGAAAACAGACUUGCUAAAGCAGAAACCAGUGGCAUGAAUAGUACACGAGAGACCAAUGAAGCUGGUAAAAUAGAGAAAGGCGGAGCGGCGUUGUUGGCGGCGGUCGGGCAGCCGUUACCUCGAGCCUCGGCCUUUGAUAUUAAUAGGCAACAGGUAUUAACAAACGUAUCAAAACUGCAACUUAUAUUCCGCAAAAGAUUUAUACGUGAUCCAGAACACAACCCACUAGAUAUCCCACUAAACUAUUCACAGAACUCACUAGACGAAUCCCUAGAAGCCACACCUACAAAAGUAGAGGUACAAAUACCAAUGAAACUGGUGACACCUAUGAAACUACAUUUUCCAAUUUUACCAUCUCAAAAGACAUACCAGCCAAUUUUAAAAACGCCUGAAAUUCCAAAAGAAGGGCCGAUCAAAAAGAUAGCGAAGGGACAGAAGAAGUUGGAUGAGUUUUUUAAACCUCAAGUCAAAGUAAAGGAAGAAAAAGGGGAACGGUCACCCGAACCGAAGAGGAUUAAACGGCAGAGGCUAGAACGAAAAUGUGCUCAGAAAAAUGAGAAGAGCUAGCUUUUCUACAGUUAGUUAUACAGUGAUUUGUGGCUUUCCUUACGGUCCUUAUGCUUCAUGUGCAAUGAGGACUAUUCGAUCAACAUUUCUGUUGGAAUUUUAGAUAAAAUGGUCCUUAUUGCACUUGAAGCAGAAGGACCCUUCUUUGUUGGAAAAACAUUUCUACAAAAACCUGGUUUUUAUGUUCAUUUCAUAUAAGCGAUAUUACAAUAUAAAAAAAGGCAAAAAGUUUAUUCCCAUAAACAUUUCAUGCUUAAUUGUCGUCUCAAAACUGACAGCUAUUAACUUUCCUUAACUACUCAUACUUCUAUAUUUUUGGUAGUACUUGUGUUGAGCCGAUUUUUACUUUAUUCUCGUUUUCUCCUUUUUUAGGUCAAUCAAAUUAGAUCCAAAAAAUGAUUUGAGGAGUUUAUUACCUUCAUUUGGUAUUAAAUGCGUGUAAUCAGAGUCCAGAAGGUGUGCAUAUAUUUUGGGAGCCUUGGGAGAUAGAUUUUUCCUUGGAUUGCCAAACACCACUCGAUUUAGCAGGAACUCACCAUCGAUUACAAAGGUGCACCAGCGAGGUGUUAUGGAUCAGACAAUGGUGAAAAGGAUAUUCGAUUUUGAUUAUACCAAAAAUUAAGAAAUUCAAAAUGGCGGCCAUUUUUCCAAACUUUGAAUACUAAUUCAUAUUAUAAGGUAAUUCGUAUUAUGAUUAUAAGGUAUCUUACCUUUCGGAUCAAUUAUCGUUUUCGACCUACAAGCAAAAAACUAAAAAACACACACCUGGGAUUGCGAAAACUCUGAUUACAUGCGUUUAGGACAAAAUGAAGGUAUUAGAACGGUUUCCACCUUGCUGGGAAUUAAUUCUUUAAAUAAAUGUAAUUUGAUCGGGCUAUUUCGUUAGAUUUGGAUAAAAAUUGUUAUCGCAAAAUCAGGGCGGUCGUCAAGUUCCUGUGUAAUGUUUUUAGGUUGCUUCAGAUGCCCGGAGGGCGUAACUGUUCAUGCCAAGUUUCAUGUAAUUUAUGCAUGCUGUUUUAAAAUGAGAACAUAACAUAUGUGUGACUUAAUACGCAAACUACUACAAAUAGCAUUAAGAACAAUUCCUAGCUGAGCAACUUUUCAAAUCUCGAAUUUUUGAAGCUAUGUUUCUGUCGCACUGCGGUAGGCGGGAGUGCGUGCGUGCGAUAAGGACAACUGCAGCUCGGACUAAAAUUCCCACGCAAAAAACUCAAAAAUCUAGGUUUCGCUCUCGACUGUUUCCUCCUCCAAAACGCAACCAAUCAUUAUGAAAUUUUGGAAACUCCAAGAGUAAGAAAUAAUCUAUGCCGCUAUGUUUUGAUUUUUUCGAUAUUUGUUGUCAUAUUUGUAUGCUUCGCCUUUUUUUGCAGCCAAUUCAAUUUAGCCGUUUUUGCGAUUUUAAGGCGCUGUAAUUUUCUUCAAAAUAAAAUAAUCCAAAAAAGCAAAACAUAGCGGCACAGAUAUUGAUGACAUUGAUCUUAUUUGAAAAAAUCAUUGCUCUAGGUUAAAAACCCAGGGAGGAAACAGACGAGAGCUUUUGUAUGGAAAAAUCGCAACUAGAAAUUACUCCUUAAGAGAUGAUUCUAAUUUAAGUAUUAUAUAAUAGGUAUUUUUGUUACUAUUGUAUACAUAUUAUUAACGUCCGUAAGGAGCGUUUAGAAUGUUAUAAUUAUAAUAUGUUGUAAAAGAUGUUAACUACUUUUUAAAUCCAGUGUUUCUUUCAUACUUCGACUUUCAGUCUUCAAAAUUCUUCCAUGACAGCGUUGUGAUUUUUUGUAAGAUAUUAAUUUAAUAGGGGUAAAUUCUCGUUGACUGUAGAGUCUGUUCGGAAAGAGAAGAGUCGUGGAAUGUAUUGGGCCACAUAUAUUCCACGACGAAUUCCUCAGUGGCAUUCGAGUUGACAGCAAUCGGGAUAUCAUGGCCCGAGGCGAAGCACGCAGCCCAAGACAGAACGAGAUGGCGGCGCACUGUGGACGCCCUCUGCCCCACCUAGGGGACGUAGGACUUAGUCAAGUAAGUCAAGUCAUUCCACGACUCUUCUCUUCCCGCACAGACUCUAAACGGUUAACUCCGAGCUAGUUGGCUAACCCUAAAACGUACAAGUGUUCUUAAGGGAAACUAAUGUGAUACUAGAUUUUAUAAAUGGUUAAAAUGUAUAAUAACUGAUGUAUGUACAGUCGCCAUCAGAUAUAUCAGAGCGGCUAAAGCGUCCUCAAAUAUCUGAACACGCACUCUAAUGCCUUGGCAAUAGAGGCGUGUUCAGAUAUUUGUGAACACCUUGGCCGCUCCGAUAUGUAUGGCGACUGUACCUACAAUAUGGCAGCUUGACUUUAGCAUUGUGUAUCCUAAUAGGGUUGUUUCCAUCUACAAAUCUUAGGGCAGAAUUGUAUCCUAAUAAAUUCUUUUGGAUUAUAAGAACAUGUUAAACUACUUUUAGGGGACCUGUAAUGACCAUAUUUUUGUAAAUAUUGAAUUUAAAAUAUCUUUUGGCACACGUCACGUGACCAAACUCGAAACGUCAUUGAAGAGUCAACUCUCGGAUUGACACUGUUGACAGUUAGGCGAUAAACAACAAAUGACAAAUGUCAGUUGACAGUUCGUAUCUUCUACGUGUGUAUGAAGUUAUGUGUCAAACCGUAAACUGUGACGUCACACAAUUUUCAAAGAGCGUUUUGGGCCCGAAAGCAUCUGUCAAAUUAUAUUUUGUUAAUUUAACAUAUUUAAAGCCGUUUUUAGUAUAAAACUUGAAUUUUAGGGUAACUUUUAGUGAAUAUAGAACAUAAUAAAAGCGUUUCAAAAAAUUGGAUACAACCCUAUUACUGAUAUGUCAUUGGAUAAUUUUGAAAACGAUCUGCAUUGCGAUACGAGGAAAUGCCGCCAGCAUCCUUGGUAUACAAUGCCUCAAAGAUGUAUUUUAGAUUUAAGCUAGUUAUAGUAAGACCUCUGUAUAUAUCUAUUAUGUAAAUAAAGAUUAUAGUUUUUUCCAAAUAACGAAAUCUCUACAUGGAAAAAUAUCGGAAACUUCUCAAAUUUUUGUAUAGAAUCGAAAUUUUUUCCAUUUUCAAAAUGAAGUUUCCUUUGUUUCCUGUAAAACUUUCGUGAAAUUUCCUAGAAUUUUUGGAAAUAAUCCGUAACUUGCAUAUAUAUAAUCACAAUAUUUCUUAAAUAAUAAUAAUAAUUUAAUUCGAUACAAUAAUGUCAUUAUUUUAUCAGCUUAAUGCAAAAUUAAUGUUCUGCAUUUCAUCCAAAUGUUUUUGUAAUGCAAAGAAUACCCAAAAUGAAAGUACCACCAACAAAAUAUUGUCAUGUAUUGUAAGCGAUAAUGUUAUAGAACACUCAAAAAAAUAUUAAACAAAAAAAAUGUGUUUUGAUAUUAAAAACAUUUUAUUUUAGAAUGCAUUUUAUUAAUAUAACCAGCUCCUUAGCAGCCACAAUUAUGCGCUGAUAAACAACAGCAACUCAUUGUUUUCUGACGUCAUCAUCAUAUUUAUAAUCAUUAACCAUCCUUAACGAAUUUCCUAUUUACUUGGCGUGGGCCUUUCUUGUCAUUUUCCUCCAGAGUACACGGGUUUUAUGGCGUUAUUCAUAAACGCGUUACUGGCCUGAAUUAGCUAUGAAUCGUUUGUCUUUAUCUGUCAUGUUGACUUAUGUAUUUGUAAGAAAGGGAUAAAACAUAAUUUAACUAAAUCAGGCUCGUAAAGUUUUAUGAAUAAGGGGGUUAGAGUACACGAGGACACCACGCUUAUCGUGAACCUCCCAAGGCUCGCUUUAUAGUGAACCUUAUCGGAAUGCACGAAGGUUCAUAUUGGUCUGUAGUCACGCGCGCUGGCGUCUGGCGGUCGAACACGGCGGUUUAGACAAGUAGUAACCGUGGUUCCGACUGCUUUGUACCACAGUGGGUCUAUGGGUA